CCCUUAACUUUCCCUCUCCCACUCCCACUUCGCUCUCACAUCUGGAGGGUAUCUGGAGUGGCUGUGUGACUCCAAGCCUACUAUGGGACAGCCUGUGUUUGAACUGGAAGUCAGACUUCAGUGCGUUUCAGCUAACAUUGUUCGGAAGGGGAGAGAUGGCCUUUCUCAAGCAUUCCAUCCUGCACGCCCUGAGUGUGCUGCUCUUGGCCUGGGUGUUGGUGCAAUGCCAGGCCCCUGCUGAACCAGAGGAAGAGGAGGAGGAAGAGCCAACAGAGGAAACAGAAACUGCAACAGAGGUGACGAAAUCUGAGGCGGAGAUCUGUCCGCAGGAUUGCAGCUGUACAGCAGAGGGGGUAGUGGACUGCCCCGGAGUCAACCUCAUCGAGUUCCCCGCUAAGCUGUCGGAAAAAACCCGCCAGCUCUCUCUACAGAACAACAAGAUCGAGGAGAUAACGGUCGAGCAUAUUUCCCAUCUGCAUCAGCUUGAGACUCUUAAUCUUCAGAAUAACUGGCUCACCUCAGAUGGCCUUGAAGAUGAAGGGUUUGAGAUGCUUGAACAACUGGCUUAUUUAUACUUGGCAAAUAACAAGCUCACCUUAGCACCAAAGGUCCUGCCCCCCUCUUUGGUCAGUGCUGACUUCGCUGCUAAUCAGCUUACAAGGAUCUUUCCAUAUACAUUUGGUCAUAAGCCAAAACUGAGGUCUGUGUAUCUCCAUAACAACAAGCUGACUGAUGCAGGUCUCCCUGAACAUAUGUUCAAUGCCUCUGACAACCUGGAGAUCCUAACCAUGUCUAGCAACUUCUUGAGGGUUGUUCCCAAGAACCUGCCUCCGACUCUUUACCGUCUUCAUCUGAAGAGAAACAAGCUGGAGAAAAUCCCAGCAGGAGCUUUUGACAGCUUGCCCAAUCUCAGAGAAUUAUAUCUUCAGAACAACCUUCUCAGCAAUGAGGGCAUGGACAAUGAGACUUUCAGCCAACUCAGCAGCCUUGAGUGUUUGGAUUUGUCAAAUAACAACCUCAGCGUUGUCCCAAAGGGUCUCCCUCGCAGUCUUGUGCUGCUACACUUGGAGAAGAACGACAUCCGCAGUAUCCCUGGAGAUGCUCUAACGUCAGCCCGAAAUCUUGAAUACCUGCUCCUCCACAAUAACAAACUUCGUUCCCGUUCUAUCCACCCAGCUGCCUUCCAGGGCUUGAAAAAGCUGCACACUCUUCACAUGCACAACAAUUUGCUGGAGCGCGUUCCCAGAGGCUUGCCUCGGCGAGCAAAGACCUUAAUGCUGCUCCAUAACUCUAUUUCUGAAAUUGGCCGCAACGACUUAACCUUGUUGUACACGCUGAUAGAACUCAACCUCAGCUACAAUAAGCUCACCAGCCCCAAGAUGCACCGUGAGGCUUUUAGGAAGCUACGUCUGCUGGAAACCCUGGACCUGUCGGGGAACAGCCUUACCUCAAUGCCCAGGGGUCUUCCUCGCAGUCUGCACGUGCUCGAAAUCAAGAACAACCUGAUCAACUCUAUACCAGAUGGUACGCUGACAAAGAUGGAGAAGUUACGAAAGCUGAUCCUGAGUGAUAACCAGCUGAAACUGAACUCAGUCUACCAGGGAGCCUGGAUGGAGCUCACUGCGCUCACAACGCUGGACCUGUCUGGCAACCUAAUGACACACAUCCCCGCUGACUUACCCGAGUCUCUGGAAUACAUUUACCUGCAAAAUAACCGCAUCUCCAGUAUUCAUGGUUCAGCUUUUGAAGGCACUCCCAACAUCAAAGGCAUCUUCCUCCGGUUUAACCCCCUGUCUGUGGACGCCGUGGAUGAGAGUUCCUUCAAAUACCUGUCCAACUUGCAGGUGCUGGACACUGGUGCAGGAAACCCUGACCUCCCCAUUCAAAAAGAGGAGAUCGAAGAGGAGCAAGACUAGACCUGGGUUGAUCGAACUAUAAUUGGACUGCAUUGCAUCAAGGACAGAAAGAGUUUUUAAAUGGGAAUGUACCUGUGAAUAUUAUUUCCCAGGUUCAUUUUUGUAUCGUGGCAGCGUCACAUAUUUCUGGUGCAGGAAACCGGAUGAGGUUACUGGUGUUUCCAUUUUUUUGGGCUGGUUAUUAAUGCAUAUCUUUAUAUCUGACCUUUAAUUAUUUUUGUCUUUGAUCAUUUUAUUGUUUCUGUGCCUUACCCUCAAAGAUUUAUUGGCAAAAUCUAAUGUGAACCUUCCCAUGUAAAUGUUUCUGAAUCGCUACAAAGAAUGUAAGCAGAGUGAAAAAUUCUGCUCCCACUGUGUGUGUCUUUCUCUGCUUUCUCAGCCUCUUUUCCUGCAAAGCAGCCUGCCUUGGCUCAUUGCCUUAAAAAACAGAGUGAAUUUACUUACAAUACUGUGAAAACAUUUGGAACAAAAGUGCUAAUAUAAGCAUACGAUUUCCAUUGAAACCAACAAAGCCACAGAAACUGUUGAAUCAAACCUGGCUACAAGUAUUCUCAAAAAAGGCUGCAAUUUAAUGUCAUUAUUCUGAACAUAGAGCUUACUUUUUACAUAAGUAAUUGAAGCUUUUGGAAUUACACAGCAGAUCUAAAACAUUUUGAAAAAUCUCAAAAGUUUAUUUUUAAAAUGGUAGAGAAAGAAUGAAUAGCAGCAAAAGUAACAAUGGGAAAGCUUUAAAGCUGCAGUUCUUAAAAUCACCAUAAUAUCAAAUAUAUUUAUUCAUCAGCGUUUGAGUCCUUCACUGGAUUUGCAUUCUGUAAUUGCUUUCUUUCUUUUCUGUCAGAGUUUACCGAUCUGGGAGAGAACACAAAUUAAAAGCCCCCUGUGGAGUUUUCUGGUAAACAAUCAAAAGUUUACAUUCCAUUUUACAGCUGAAACACAUCCUUGGGGUCCAGCAAAUAUGUUGAAUGUGCUACAUUGUUUUUGCUUCCUCAUAAAACAUUUUCAAAACCAGUUUUCUGCAAGAAUACUCCCCAGCAUGUUUACUUGUGGUAGCAGCUGCCUCCUCUGAUUCAGGCUUACAGGAAACGGUACGUCAGAAUUACUUAAUAGGAAAAAACACUACCACUCUAUGGACUUCUGGUUUCAUAGCAGGGACUUGUGAGAUCAUCUAGAAUGAAUAAGCACUAUCAGUCCCUUUACAGCAAUAUGCUAUAAAUGCACUGAUAGUGUUUUAUAUUUCAGUCAUGACCACUAUAGUUAAAGAAGAUGCCAUUUCCAUCUGCGGUAAUUUAUAAGAAGCAGCAUAACCCUGGCACAUAAUUCAAAAGCCUUUAGUGACAUCGAUCAUAUACAACUUGAAAAGAGUAGGUGGAGUGGACGAGGGUUGCAAAGCAACUUGCAGAUGUGCAGAACUUUAGGCAGGCUUAAAAAAUUGGAGAUUUUAUUAUUGUUGUUAUUGUUAUUAUAUGCUAGUCCAAAAACACCACACAUAAAUCUUUACUGUUUUGUUAUGAUUUAAUUAUACUCUGGUUUUUCUAGUGUAUCUUUUAGAAAUGGGGUGCUAAAAAGGAGGCGAAAGACAGAAGUUCUGUCAGAGUCCAAUAUGUCCUUAAAAGACAAAUUAGUACCCAUUAGCAAUGACUCUACUAGUAGACCAGUAAGUCUAAGUCUAAGAAAAAAUAAAAGACAUAAAACUGAUAUUUUAUCUGCAAAAAAUAUUUUAUUGUUUUACGUGUUAAGGUUUAUUCACUCCUUCAUAUUAAGGACUAUCUUAAGUGCGUCCUUUAGGUCAAUUACAGCCAAAUUUUAGUAUAAUGUCAGAAACAUAAAGUGAACAGGAGACUGGUAAUUGAUUCUGUCCACUCAGAACAUAUUUGCUGCCAUCAUCCAUCAAUAUAUGUCACUUGUAAAUAGACAUCUUACCUUCAUGCUGUUUAACAAAGUAACUGAAAUCGUAAUGACUGAUAAGAUAAGAGUUAUAAUGAUUUUUUCUGCUAUUACUAAACAGUUUGGAUAAAUGGUACUGUUUUACCAGCGAGUUGGUUUAAUAAUAGCAGUAAUCUUGAAAAGCAGUGAUUUACCUGCAGUGAAGGUAAAUAUACAUAUUAUUAUUUUCCGCUAUGAUUAAUAACAUCUGCUUGCGAAUGAAAUAUUUUAAUUCUAUCAACAAAACUGGAGCUUCAACCAGUGCUGAUUUUGCUGCCCCUUUAGUUCAUUCAUGUUUUCUAACAGGAUACAUAUUUCUCAAAAUCUCACUUAACUGAUAUGAAUGCAGUAUUGUCAUACAUAGACAGUCAAAGAACACAAGAAUAAAUUAUUUGAAAAGGCUGAAAAAGACUGUGUUUCACAACAUUCAGACGAAAAUCUGUUCGCUAUUUCUGCAGCUUCUCCCACACAGGGCAGUGUCACUGCUCUGAUGUGGAGCUAUAGCAGAUCUGUUCAGUAUUAUAAAAAUAGGCAGGACACUAGAAAAACACAUCUCAGACCGUAUGCUCUGAAUUCUCUGGUAUUUACUGUGUAAAGAGCUGAGAAAAAUUAUUAAUGGAAUGACAAAACAGAUAAAAACAUACUAUUUGGAAGAGUACAUUUCUGCCUUUAUAUGACAAAAGUGAAAUGUGCAGUAAGAAGAUGUUCUUAAUAAUAAUAAUUUUGGAUCAUGAUGGAAAUUCUCUUUCUGGAGCAGCAAAACUGUAACGGUAAUUUAUAAAAAGCAUGUGCUCUACGCUUUUUCUGCAAAUGUGCAUUAAAUCUAGAUUCUUUCCAAUAGCCUGCAGGUGGCCAUGCCUCUGAGUUGCUGAAAGAAGUAUGACUGUAUAGACAUUGAUUUAUGACCCAAGUAAAAACUUUCCAAAUGAA